AAUUUGAUCGACCACAUGAGGCAUACAACUAAAAAUAACCCAAUCAUUUAAGCAUACGCUAAUGGCUCUUACGUCAGCAUGAUUUAAACAAUUUCAAGAUUGUGAAAGCUUAAAAAUCAGACGGCCCAACAUCUUUUUUUUCCCCGGAAAGACUUUUCCCACACACACUCUACUGUGGUAUUAUAUUGGUUGGCAAUGGAGACCACCUGUGCACUGUGGUCCACCGUCCACCCGAUCCGGACCCACCCUCCCCCACCCAUCCCACACAAUUUUUGAGGGCCGCCGAGUAGGUCCCCGGACACGUGUCACUGUUUCAUCCCGCCCAACCCACACUUCUUCUAUGAUCUUAUCCCAACCGUCUAUUUCUCCUAACCCCACCACCACCCUCCUCUCAAAUUCCCCGCUCCCUCCUAAAAUGCCUAACCCAUCCAAUCUCCCUAAUCAAAAUUCCUAGGGUUUGAUCUUCUCCUUUCCCUUCCCCUUCCCUUCUCAGUCUCUCUUCCCCAGUUUUCUUGGCCUUUCCCACCCAACUCCAGGAAAAGAAAGAUUGUGGUUCCUUUUCCCGGGAAACAAACACCCCUUUUUCACCCCGCCUCUCUUUUCUCGUUAAUUUCCGCGAAUUGGGUUUUUGUCCUGGAAUGGGAAUAAUUUGAAGGACCGAACAAGAAAGAGCGGAUAAUGGAGGGGGAUGAUGAAGGCGGCUCGUCCGAUAUCAGCACCAGCGUCGGCGAGGUGUCCAAGAUAUCCACAAUCGACGAAUCCGAAGCUUACCAGGUUUUGUCUCUCAAAGAGGAGCCGAUAGAUCCGGACCGGGAAACCACUCCGCCGCCCUCUGCCGCCGCCAUGGGGAUGGUCCCCGUCGCGAUGCAGAUGCCCUUGUCCGUCCCCAUGCCUAUGCAGCAAGCAGCCGGCACGGUGGCGAAGCGGCGGUCGUCGACUAAGGACCGGCACACCAAGGUCGAAGGCCGGGGCCGCAGGAUCCGAAUACCCGCAACCUGCGCCGCUCGGAUCUUCCAGCUGACCCGGGAGCUGGGCCACAAAUCCGACGGGGAAACCGUGCGGUGGUUGCUCGAGCACGCGGAGCAGGCCAUUAUUGCCGCCACCGGGACCGGCACCGUCCCGGCGAUUGCGGUCUCGGUCGGUGGGACCCUCAAAAUCCCCACCACGACGACUUCCUCCUCCACGAACAACAGCUCGCUAAUCGAGGCGCCGCCGCCGGCGAAGAAACGCAAGCGCCCUUGCAACUCCGAGUUCUGCGACCUCACCGAAGCGGCGGAGGCGGCGGCUGUAUCUGUUUCCCAGACCUCAGGGCUGGCCCCGUUGACUCAGGCGAUGGCGGUUCCGACGGCGGCGCAAGGGAUGGUCCCCGUAUGGGCAGUUGGGAGCACGGGAAUGAUGGUCCCAGCAAAUGCUAUUUGGAUGAUACCCCAGGCCCAGGCUGGCGUUGGGCCUGGUGGUCCUACCAUUGGGCCGAUGGGGAAUCAGCAGCAGCAGGCUCAAAUAUGGGCCUUAUCCCCCUCCAUGACUCCCGUUUUCAACGUGGCAGCUGCAAAUCCAGGAGCGGCCCCUCGGCCCAUAUCGUCCUACGUGGCGGCAACGGCAAAUAGCCCUACAAAUAGUCACUAUUCAGCCGGCGGGAUAGAAAUGAGAGCUCCCCCGCCGGCGGUGAUAACGAGCACGACGGUGGGGUCGAAGUUGGCUUCUAAGAGAUCGUCGGCGAUGGCGCCGAGUGCGAGUUCUAGCGUAGCGGGUAGCGGCGGCGGUGGAGGUGGGAAAGUUCGAAACCUUCGAGACUUCUCGUUGGAGAUUUACGACAACAAGCAAGAAUUGCAACUGAUGGACGGACGCGGCGGUGGCGACGGCAGCGGGAGUAGUAAUCAAUCUCAGGGGCAAAGUUCAGCGGGAUCAUGAUGGUGGAUGGAGGUUUGUUUGUAGUAGUAGUAGCAGCAGCAGUAGAAGCAAUUUAGGGAGAAAGAUGGGCGUAGGGAGCUUUUAUUUAAAAAAAAGUUUUCAUUUUCUUGUUUUGUGAUUAGUGUGCGCCUGUAACUUGAGGGGUACAAAAGGAUGGGAUAUGUGUUCUUUCUUCAGGACUCUGUUUCCUUUCCAUUGUGCCACUCAAUAUUAACUCUAGUUUCCGCCAUUGAUGGACCAUGAAAACCCAAAACAUGGCAUUUUUCUUUGGACAACGAGCAAUAUCAUCAAAACAUUGAAUCCCAUGACUAGUUACUUACUAGCCAGUCCACCAGAUCCUCUGCUUUGGACGACACCAAAAUGUUGUUUCAAUUCAUAACCCAG